AUGGAAGGCCCUCUGCGCUUCGCUCCGUGGCAUUAUCAAAUCCUCGGAAUGUUCGUGUUUUGUACUGUAUUGGCGUUGGCAAUUACAAUAUUGCCAGCGCAAUUCUUCUACCGCUAUUACACAAUGACAACAGGUGGAGGGAUGUCAAAAUUGAACAGUUUUUUACUCUUCUCCACCUCGUACUGUAUCAGCAUACCGUUGGGAAUCAUGGCGUAUUUUGCCUACGGCUAUUCAGCCACCGUGCGGCCUGGCUUCAAUUACGGGACAUUAUGGUAUCCUGAAGUCCCACUCCCUACCGUCAUUUAUGCUGAUACUGUAACUUUAUGGGAUUACAACCAAACAAUGAUAUUUUCAGCGACAUCAAUAUUUAAUUUUGUAUUUCGGCAUUGGUGGUGUCGUAGUUACUGUUUGUUAUCAACUGGUGGUUCUUAUUGGAUACAAGACUGUAGUCGCCUUUAACGAGCAAACUCGCAAAUUCACGACGAGGGCACAGAGCACGCAAAACCAGUUGACCUAUUUCUUGAUAAUCCAGGUAAAUUUCGAGUAAUUUGGCCGAUAAGUUUUUGAAUUCAGUGCGAGAAAAACUUAUUACAAAAACUAAAAAAAAUAGUGCAAGAUGGGGUUUUUGUGCACGGCGAAGAAAUGUCCAUGCACUUUGUGAAGCUUGUAGUGAGAGGAAAAUGUAUUAGCAUGUCUUCUCAGACUACAGUGGUGGACCUAAUACAUUGACAAAAAACAUAUAAUUUUGCAUCCGGGAAGCAUUAAAAGAGUGGCAAAAUACCUCCCACUACAAUAAAAAACUGCGUUUUGAAAUGCGUGCCCUUUCCCUCACAGAAAGAGCGGGCGCGCUUUUGGAAUCAAAGCAUUUUCACUUGCACGCCACGAAAAACGUAAGGCAAAAUUGGAAAUAGAGAUUUCGAGCUGCGCCCAAUAUUUUUGAUUUUUUUGAUGGAAUGAAUAUUGUGUAAGAUAGUAUUGUAACUCUGAGAUUUGGAACAAUUUCGGGAAGUAUAUUAUCUUUAAAAUUACGUUGCUUUGAGUUUCAAGUGUUGAAUGUAACGGAUGAGUCCAUGGAGCCCGGCCCACCGCGCUGUGACCUAAACAUUGAUUCUGCAGCUAUGGACGUGUCUUCAGAAAAGAUAACAUUUCUCUUUUUGCAUCCGGAUUUUUGAUUAAUCGCCAUGUGGUGUUAUGUGAGACAUCUUAGCGGACGUUAUAAAGAAGAAAUCGGGAAAUUUUACUAUAGAAAAAGGGCACUUGUCAGUUCAUUAUUGCAUCAUUUUGCAAGGAGCUGAUGGUGUCUCCACAAAAGGUAAGGUUUCUCUUUACUCAUCCGGUUUAGGUACAAAGGAGCUGAUCUGUUUUUUGUGAGACAUCCUAGCGGACGUUGUAAAGAAGAAAUCUGGAAAUUUUACUAUCGAAAAAGGGCACUUGUCAGUUCAUUAUUGUACCAUUUUGCAGGAACUGACGGAGAAACGCAAGAAAGGACUGGAGAAGGCGUGAGCAAAGCUGGAUCAGAGGAAGCAGACGACGUUUAGAACAUUUCAAGGUAAGUUUCUGACGUUGCCUUUUUGAUUUUUUGUUUUUCUAGGCCAUUGAGCUAAUAAUUUUCUCUGGUUAUACCUAAAAUAAUAUAAUUGAUAUUUCAGCCGGUCCAUGUUGAAGUAGAAUGUGAAAGCCAACAUAAUGUACCCAUGGGUGUGGAGAUUGAAUUCCGAGUUCAGAUUGCAUCCGACAAAUUCGAUGGAUUGUCGAAAAUUUAUGUAGUUUUAAUUAUUCUUAUUGGUUUGAUGUUUAGGUGGACAUAAAGAAGAUUUGAUGAAUUUCAAUUUAAUAGUGGUCUGUUGUAGCAGGAUCAAAGCCCUGCAAACCCAGGAAGAGCUCGAAUUCGGUCAGAUUCAUCGAGUUUGAUCCAAUUUUGCCUAGUACAAUAUAAUUUCUUUUCUCUUCUUCGAUCAAUCUAAGAAGUUCGGGGUGCACCUCCUAGAUGCCUUUCGAUGCUUUCUCGCCGGUUUCACACGUAAAUUGUUGUUUAUUAGAAUUUUGGAAUCAUUUUCGUUAUUUAUUUGUAAAGGUUUCAGCGUAUGAAAUGUCGCAAAACAUUUUUCCGCGAAUUUCUCUAUUUCCACUUUUUUCGUGGCGUGCACUUGGAGAGGUGAAAGAGGCAUUUUGCUGCAUCUUUGAUACUUCCCGGAUCCGAAAUGGCGUUUUUUGCCAAUGGAUCAGGUACGCCACUGUAGUCUGUGAAGAUAUGCUAAUACAUUUUCCUCUCACUACGAGCUUUCAAGACAGUAUUAAAUUACCUCUUGAAGUACCGCAUGCACAAAAACCGCCCUUUUAUUACAGUGGAGGGCCUGAUCCAGUGGCAAAAAACGUUCCAUUUGGCAUCCGGGAAGCAUCAAAAAAUGUGGCAAAAUACCUCCUUCUCCAUGUGAAAAAACUCAGAUUUAAAAAACGCGCCCGCUCUUUUUGUGAGGAAAAGGGCGCGCCAUUCAAAAUAAAGCUUUUCACUUGGAGGGGGAAGCAUUUUGGGACAUUUUUGAUUCUUCCCGGAUACAAAAUAGUACGUUUUUUGCCGCUGGAUCAGGUCCCCCACUAUAUAUGUACAAUACUUAUCACUUUAGAGCAUAAUCCCGUUGUUUGUGUCGUCCGGGCCGAAUAUCUUCUUGAUCACGGUCUCCUUCUUUCGCGUCGACCCUGGGAUAUUGACCACAAUUAUUGUCGAUCUAAUGGGAUUAAUGCCGGUCUGCAAUCCCGCCCUCAGCAUCGUGGUCAUCAAACCUUACCGAAGAGCGAUCUUCCGCGCUCUCGGAAAACCCGAUCUGUCACCGACUACUGUAGCGUCUGUGACAGUCACGUCAAAACGCUAA